CCCUAUUGGCCUACGUCGACGUGAGCGUGCGCUGCUAUUGGCUGCGAGGGACGUCGCUCAACCGCGCGCUACGCUUCCUGGUUGAGCCGUAGCUGUCAACCGGGCUUCGGUUCAUUAAACGGCAGAUGCCAUCAGUUGGCAGCCUCCAUCGCCCCGAGCGAAUUUUCACUCAGCAACACAACGAGAAAUCCUAGACGAUGGCGUUCAGAAAGGCUCUGAGGCGGACGGCGAUGGUGGGGGGCGGGACGGUGGCCGUGGCGCUGGGGCUCUCGCAGCUGAUGGAGUACAGGAGGACGCAGGCCCGGCUGGCCCACGUGGCGGCGGAAGCGGAGCUGAAGGUCCCCUACCCUGACGAGUUCCCCUCGCGGCAGGCCCAGCUAGCGGCGCUGAGAGACACCGGGGAGUUCGACGUGCUGGUGGUCGGAGGGGGGGCCACGGGCGCCGGCUGUGCCUUAGACGCUGUCACACGCAACCUUAAAACUGCGCUGGUAGAGCGGAGCGACUUCUCCUCCGGCACCAGCAGCCGGAGCACCAAGCUCAUCCACGGAGGCGUGCGCUACCUCCAGAAGGCCAUCAUGAAGUUGGACUGGGAGCAGUACAUGAUGGUGAAGGAGGCCCUGCAUGAGCGAGCCAACCUGCUGGAGAUCGCGCCCCACCUGUCCGCGGCGUUGCCCAUCAUGCUCCCCGUUUACAAGUGGUGGCAGCUGCCCUACUACUGGGCGGGGAUCAAGAUGUACGACGUGGUGGCCGGGAUCCAGUGCCUGAAGAGCAGCUACGUCCUCAGCAAGUCCAAGGCCCUGGAGCUGUUCCCCAUGCUCAAGAAGGACAAGCUGGUCGGGGCCAUCGUCUAUUACGACGGGCAGCACAACGACGCCCGCAUGAACCUGGCCAUCGCCCUGUCCGCCGCCCGCUACGGCGCCGCCGUCGCCAACUACACCGAAGUGGUCCACCUGCUGAAGGACAAAGACCCUCAGACCGGCAAGGAGAAGGUGUGCGGCGCCCGCUGCCGGGACGUCAUCACAGGGCAGGAAUUUGACGUGAAGGCAAAGUGCGUGAUCAACGCCACGGGGCCCUUCACAGACUCGCUGAGGAAGAUGGACAACCAGGAGACGGCGAACAUCUGCCAGCCCAGCGCCGGCGUCCACAUCGUCAUCCCGGGCUACUACAGCCCCGAUAACAUGGGUCUCCUCGAUCCGGCCACGAGCGACGGGCGCGUCAUCUUCUUUUUGCCCUGGGAGAAAAUGACCAUCGCCGGAACCACCGACACCCCGACGAGCGUGACGGCCCACCCGAUCCCGGGGGAGGACGACAUCAACUUCAUCCUGAGGGAGGUCCGAAACUAUCUGAGCCCUGACGUAGAAGUGCGUAGGGGGGACGUCCUGGCGGCGUGGAGCGGCAUCCGGCCCCUGGUGACAGACCCCAGCUCCAAAGACACCCAGUCCAUCUGCAGGAACCACAUCGUCAGCAUCAGCGACAGCGGCCUGGUCACCAUUGCUGGUGGGAAGUGGACAACCUACAGGUCCAUGGCCGAGGAGACUCUGGACGCAGCCGUUACGGCUCACGGCCUCCCGGCCGAGUCCUGCAGGACCGUGGGCCUGAUGCUGGAGGGGGCCAAAGGCUGGACGCCCACUCUCUACAUCCGCUUGGUGCAGGACUACGGACUGGAGAAUGAGGUGGCCCAACACCUCGCCGCGACGUAUGGAGGGAAGGCGUUCGACGUGGCCAAGAUAGCUAAGGUGACCGGGCAGCGGUGGCCCAUCGUGGGGAAGCGGCUGGUGUCCGAAUUCCCCUACAUAGAGGCCGAGAUCCUGUACGCCAUCAAGGAGUACGCCUGCACCGCCAUCGACGUCAUCGCUCGCCGGACGCGCCUGGGCUUCCUGAACGUGCAGGCGGCGGACGAGGCUCUCCCCCGCAUUGUCCAGAUCAUGGGCAAAGAGCUGGGCUGGAGUCAGGAGAAGAGAACGGAGGAGCUGGAAGCGGCCAGGAAGUUUUUGUACCACGAGAUGGGCUACAGGUCCCGUUCCGAGCAGCUGACCAAGACGUCCGAGAUCAAUCUGGAUUACCAGGAAGUGGUCAGGUACAAGAAGCGUUUCCACAAGUUUGAUAAGGAGUGCAAAGGGUUCAUCACCACUGUGGACGUCCAGCAGGUUUUGGAGAGCAUCAAUGUCCAAAUCGAUGAAAACGCGCUCCACGAAAUCCUUAAUGAGGUGGACCUCAACAAGAACGGGCAAGUGGAAAUCGACGAGUUCCUGCAGCUGAUGAGCGCCGUGAAGAAGGGUCAAGUGUCGGACAGCCGCCUGGCCAUUCUGAUGAAAACGGCCGAGGAGACUCUGGAAACCAGAGGGCCGGUGACGGUGGACCGGAGCGGGGGAGGAGUCUGAGCCCGGCGUGGCAGCGGCGACUAAAGAGGAGAGAAAGUAUGCAAAUGGCAGAUAUUUGAAUGACAAUAUUGCAAUCAGGCACACUAAAUCUGGACAAAUCAAAAGCAGCAUCCAAUGAUUGAAGUCAGACUGGACUCUGACAACACAAAAUGUUUUCGAACAUCCUUUAGACGCAAUCUUUCUGCCAUUAUCUUUUUUUUUAUUAGCAUGGAUGACACUGAUUGUGGUGUGAAUAUUGUCUUCCAAGGCGUCCUUUUUACGCCUGAGCAUUUUGUAUCCGUGACAUCCUCAUAACUCGAAUGUUUCUCAGAGAAGUUGUUGUCGCCCUUUGCCAACAAACUGGGGAAGGCAACGUCAGACGGCUGUUUCCUGGAAAAAUGAACCAAAGUUUGUUUGUCAUCCGCCCUGGAUGUGAUGUGUAUGCAACCUGACGCUGCAGUUAAGUGGCCCGAUUUGAACUAAAGAGGCUCCCGUUACUAAGAGAAGCCGUGCACAACAAGCACCGAUUACAAACUUAGCCUUUUUGGACAUUCUGUAAAUGGUUGAGACGUUUAUUGAGACGGAUUAUUCCAGGUUAAACGGCUGAUCUGGGAUGAGGGUUCCUUUAUUCUUUCUAUUGCACUUUCUGCAAACCGCAGCUGACACUGACUACACAAGCUGCCCAGCUUUUGUGUUACUGAUCCCCCCCCAGAAAUAUUUGUUUUUUUUUUACGAUUAUUUAUUCUUUUUAAUCGCUGCAGUUGUUUCUACUUUAAUUGCAGUCAACUUUUAAAAAAUAGGAAUAAUAUAAUUAUGAAAGGAUUGUGGGUUAUCUUUAUUGAAUAGGAACUCAUGCUUCAUGCUUUAAAUGAUGUAAAUAAAAAGUGGUUUCUUCAAAAUCGGUGUAUCUAUGCUCAUCCUGCCUAUCUGAUGGCAGGAUAGUUUGUUAACCUGCAUGCUAGCUUGCUGCUUUAACGUUUGCACAAGAUUUUACAUUGUGUCAGAACAUUGUGUUCUCUCAUGGAAAAGUAACCUCACUGUGUUAUUUGUGCCUCCGUGUGCCUUCGACACGACACUCGACCUCUCAGAAAGCUCCACACUCCACAGAAUGUUCAGAAUUUAAACAUGCAGUGUCUAUUUAACAUUUAUUACAUAAAGAGAGAAUAUUCUAAUUUGAAUUGUAUGUGCUGUUUUGUACUAGAACUGUUGCAUUUACCAUCUGACCAAGGGAUGUUUCUGCUUUCAUCCCUGUAAUAAAUAUUUCUAAUCAGAUGUAAUAUUUGGCGUUUGUCUGGUUUU